UGUAACAAGAAUACCCUAACCAAGUUGUCAAAAAACCAUACCAUGUCCGGAGAUAAUCCUGAAAUUUUUAGAACAUCUAAUAAGUGAUAUGUUAUAAUCCAUGAAAAUCUUAGAACAUCUAACUUAGCUCAACAAAUCAUGGCCUUUAAGCUAUUCAGGGAAUAGCAAUGGGUAACCUUGUUUGAGCCGAAAAAUGCUAAAGACGAGACAUUGCUCCAACCUGAUUUCCGGGCAACUUGCCUUUGCAGAACCCAAUCCCGUCGAGCCUCACCAACUUCAAACUCUAACUGUAAAGCUCUUAAAACUGUUGAAACAAUGCAGGUCAAAAAAGCCAAUGCAGCAAAUCCAUGCACAAAUGAUCAUAAAUUCCUUAUCAAAGCCCAAUUUUCUUCUCCCCAGAAUCAUAGACCUUAAAGACUUUGCCUAUGCCUCGUUGCUCUUUACUCAAAUGCCAAACCCAAAUGAUUAUGCUUUCAAUGUCAUGAUUCGAGGACUAACAACUACAUGGAGAAACUACUCUUUAGCUAUUCAAUUAUAUUACCAAAUGAAAUCUUUAGGCCUUAAACCAAAUAAUUUCACUUUUCCGUUUUUGUUCAUUUCAUGUGCGAAUCUUGUCGCAUUGCAUUGUGGGCAGAUAGCCCAUUCGCUUGUGCUGAAGAUGGGUUUUAAUAAUGAUAGUCAUAUCAAUCAUUCUUUGAUUACAAUGUAUGCAAAGUGUAGUAAAUUAGAUAGUGCACGCAAAGUGUUUGAUGAAAUUCUUGAGAGAGACAUAGUGUCGUGGAAUUCUAUGAUUUCAGGGUACACAAAGAUGGGUUUUGCGCGAGAGGCUGUGAGGUUGUUUAUGGAAAUGAGGGAGCAAGGGUUUGAGCCAGUUGAGAUGACUUUGGUGAGCAUUCUUGGGGCUUGUGGGGAUUUGGGUGAUUUGGCUUUAGGGAAGUGGGUGGAGGCGCUCAUUGGCGAUAAGAAGAUGGAAUUGAACUCCUAUACAGCCUCUGCUUUAAUUGACAUGUAUGGUAAGUGUGGGGAUUUGAUGUCGGCAAGGAGAGUCUUUGACAACAUGGCAGAGAAGGAUAUCGUCACUUGGAAUGCCAUGAUCACAGGAUAUGCUCAAAAUGGAGCAUCAGAUGAGGCAAUGACACUAUUCAAUGUCAUGAGAGAGGCAGGUAUUACUCCAAAUGAAAUCACAAUGGUAGUAGUGCUGUCUGCAUGUGCCUCAAUUGGAGCCCUUGACUUGGGAAAAUGGGUCGAAAUGUAUGCAUCGCAGAGAGGAUUACAGCACGAUGUCUAUGUUGCCAGUGCAUUAGUUGAUAUGUAUGCCAAGUGUGGGAGCUUAGACAAUGCACUACGAGUUUUUGAAAAUAUGCCUCAUAAAAAUGAGGUCUCUUGGAAUGCCAUGAUAUCUGCUCUUGCUUUUCAUGGAAGAGCUCGGGAAGCAUUAUCACUAUUCAGCCGUAUGCUAAAUGGUAGCACUGUUCGGCCAAAUGAUAUCACUUUUAUAGGAGUAUUUGCUGCAUGUGUGCAUGCUGGAUUGGUUGAUGAGGGACUUCGAUUCUUUGAUUCAAUGAAAUCAUUUGGAUUGGUCCCAAAAAUCGAGCAUUAUUCUUGCAUGGUUGAUCUUUUGUCACGCACAGGACAUGUUAAUGAAGCUUGGAACUUCAUUGAGAGGAUGCCUGGAAAACCAGAUGAAAUUAUUCUUGGUUCAUUACUUGGUGCCUGUCAGAAACACAGAAAUGUAAAUGUUAGUGAGCGGGUCAUAAAACUACUACUAGAGAUCGAGCCAUCAAAUUCUGGAAACUAUGUUAUCUCGUCUAAGAUAUAUGCAAAUUCGAGAAGGUGGGAUGACUCAGCAAAGAUGAGGGUGUUGAUGAGAGAGCGAGGAGUCACUAAGACCCCUGGCUGUAGCUGGAUUGAGAUUGGAGCUCAAGUUCAGGAAUUCCAUGCUGGUGAUGGCCUGCAUCAUGAGUCAAUAGAAAUAUACCAAUUACUGAUUGAUGAAUUGAAGAGGGAAGGCUAUAUUCCAAAGGUUGACUGAACAUAGAGAUGGAAAAGUUGAAGAUGCUUCCUUAGACAUGGGAAGAUGUAUUUGGGGUUAUUAUGUUUCACUAGGUAGAUUUGGCAUAUUUUAAUCAUUAUUUUUUUAUCUGAUGUGAUCAAAAUUUUGUGAAAAGAGAUAAAUAAUGCUAGUUAUAUAUGAAGACUAGCAUUUUGCUUCUA